AUGGCUGAAGAUAUCGAAGUUACUCAUGCAGAUCAACAAAGGAUAAAUAGCUUUGCUACUUGGAAUUUGAAAUUCAAAGGUUUCUUAUCAGAAUAUGAGAAAUACAAGAAAGAACUAGCUAAUAUCAAUGAUGCAGAAGACGAGAUGAUUGUCCUGGAUGAAAAUACUCAUCCAUAUGCUAUCGGGGAUACAUUUUUCCAUUUGUCUAGUGAUGAGAUCGGAGAAGAACUUACAGCAACUAAAGAAAAAGUUAAAGUGCGGAUGUUAGACCUGGAAGAACGAAUUAGUGAGUGUAAAGUGCAUAUGGACAGUUUGAGAAAAGAAUUGUAUGGUAAAUUUGGAAAUCACAUAAACCUUGAAGAAGAAGACCAGUAACUCAUGCUGUUUUUAUUGUUGUUAUGGUUUGAAUUCACUGAUACAAAUAAAAACUAUUUUAGUUUUCAACUAAUAAAACAGACUAGUAUUAAUUAUAUCCUACGUCCUACUAAAGUCGUACAUGUCGAGGGAGUGUUGACAUUUGCUUGGGUCAUCUAGUCUAGGAAUACGUAAUACGGAGUUUACUGGCUUCGAUUGAUCAAUUAGAAGAAUUUAUUGUAUUAUUAAUUAUUAUUUACCCGAAAGCCCUGUGAAAAAACACCUCAGGUAGAGUCAGGGCAUACAACCCACUAUCAUCAUUGUUCCUAACCAACAGUGGGGUUAGACAGGGUUGCCCGAUCUCUCCACUUCUCUUUAACUUUGCCAUCGAUGACAUUCUGGAGUCAGCUCUGAAAGACGCGCGUGAAGGUCGUGUAGAUCUGCUACCUGGAGAUAGACUUUUCGACCUCGAGUAUGCAGACGAUAUGGUCUUACUGUGCGAUAGCAUGCAGGCUGCCUAAAUAGCACUUAAUCCGUUGGCGAUCAGUGUCUGUGUAUGGUGUGUGUUUUGUGCCGUCUAAGUGCAAAGUACUGUUACAAGAUUGGCAGAAGCCUGUAAUUGCACUCACUGUUGCAGGUGAACCGCUUGAAGUUGUUGAUAAGUUUGUGUAUUUGGGUAGUUGUGUGAGUGCUAGCGGAGGGGUGACGGAUGAGAUUUUCAGCCGUAUAAUGGAAGCUAGAGUGGCAUAUGUCAACUUGAGCCACGUUGGCCUGGCUGUCAAGCGUCGUAUCAUAUCUUCACCCUUCGACAGAUUUUGGAACAUAAGCAUACUUGUGUCGUCGGUGGCACAGUGGUUAGGAC